AUGGCCCCGGCGCCGCCUCCGCCAGACGCGGCCUCUGUGGGCGGCAUCCCGGCCGGAUAUGGCCGCUCGUGCACCAACUGCUCGCGCGCAAAGUGCCGCUGCAUCCUCCGGCCAGAGGGCGGCAAAUGCGACCGCUGCCAUCGCCUGGGAAAGGACUGCCAGCAGAUGGUGACGUCCCGCAAGCGCGUGGCCAAGCGGACCACGGCGUCCAGGACCGCGCAGCUGGAGGAGAAGCUCGACGACCUCGUGUCCAUCCUGAGGGCGACGCAGCAGCAGCAGCACCAGCAUUCGCAUCAGCACCAGCAUCACCAGCAACAGCAACAGCAACUCCCGCAGCAGCAGCAACAGCAACCUCAGCACCAGCAUCAACACCCGCUUCCGCACCAGCCGCACCAGCCUCCUCUUCCCCACCAUGUCAGCCAUCUCCAGCAGCCGCAUCAGUCGCCGUCGAUGACCGGCGUAUCGGCCUGCGAAUCAACAGCGUCGUCAAACUGCCAGCCGUACGUGAGCCGACUGGACUCGCUCGCCGACGCAGCAACCACAUCCCAGCCGCGCGCCUCGAGCAUCCUCGGACAGACGGCCCCUCGUCCGCUGGACAGCGAUCGACUCCCCGAGCCGACUCCCAGCGAGGCUGAAGUCUACCUCGCCAAGUUCCGACAAUGGCUCGAGUUCUUCCCUUUCAUGCAUCUGGGCCCCGACGUCACGGCCGAGGCCUUACACAGAGAGCAUUACUUUCUCUGGCAAUGCAUCAUGAGCGUCACGAGCAUGUCCAUGCCACAGCAGGCCGCCAUGCGGGAUCGGGUGCGGCAGGAUAUUGCGCAGCGAAUGAUUGUCAACCACGAUAGAACGUUGGAGAUGGCCCAAGGCUUGAUCCUCCUGAUUGCUUGCUGCAUCAUCUACGAGCUGAACCUCACAAAAUUCCCCAACGAGGAGCACUUUGGGACUGUGUGUUUCAAGGCCUGGGGAGGUCGGAGUAUCCCCCUGGCUAAAGAGCGUACGAUGGAAGAGCGAAGGCUGGUGCUUGGUUUUUGGUAUAUAACAUCAGUAUGUUCGGCGUUUCUCGCCAAGAUGGAGUCACUGCCGUGGACGCAGCACAUGCAAGAAUCAUUGGAAAUCCUGGAGAGCGAAAAGGAGUACCCGUCAGACGAGACGUUGGUAGCAAUUGUCAAGACGCAGCUGGUUGGGGAGGAGGCGCGGAAACUGUUGAUGGCCGACUUCGUAGGCCGCGAUUUCGGCAGAACUGACCCCGACAAGGCUCCUACCUGGGUCUACAAGAGGAGUCUGCUUCUUCAGCUGCAAAGGGUUCGGGAUACACUGCCGCCAGCUGCAGCAUCCAAGGCCGUGAUACAAAUGCACCUCUUCAGCACCGAAGCCCAAGUCCAGUCCGUCGGCCUCUUUGGCGGAGCAAGAAUCCCGGACGGCCCGCGCAUCGACGCCAUGUACGCCGGCCUGGUCGCUGCCCGGGCCUGGUACGACGUGCUGUUUGCCGUUCCGCUCGCCGAGUUCAUCGGCAUGCCGUUUUCUUUCUACGUGGAGCUGGCCCAGAUCCACGCUCUGCUGUACCGGGUGACGACCCUCGAUGACCCUGCGUUUGACAAGGAGAUUGUCCGUAGCACGGCGGAUCUGGGCAACUACCUGGACAGGACGAUUGACCUGUUCACCAAGGCCGAGGCGCUCUACCCGCUGCGGGGAGGGCCCGAGGACGUGUCCAUCUUUGGAAAGUGCACAAAGGUGCUUCGCAACGUGCGCUCCAACUGGGAGCCGGCCAUUGUGCAGCAGCCCAUGGGAGGACUGCCGACGCCGAACAGCCAAGUUGUCCCGGGCGCGGCGCCGCAGCCCACGUUGCUGGUGGAUCAUUCCAUGCUGCCUGACCAGGACCUGGCGACCGGGUUUGGUGACAUUGACUGGAUGACGCAAGUGUUUGGUCCCUGGGAGCUUUGA